AUGACUGCACUGAUCCAACAGGUGGUUCUGUCACUGAUCCAACAGGUGGUUCUGUCACUGAUCCAACAGGUGGUUCUGUCACUGAUCCAACAGGUGGUUCUGUCACUGAUCCAACAGGUGGUUCUGUCACUGAUCCAACAGGUGGUUCUGUCACUGAUCCAACAGGUGGUUCUGUCACUGAUCCAACAGGUGGUUCUGUCACUGAUCCAACAGGUGGUUCUGUCACUGAUCCAACAAGUGGUUCUAGAUAAACAGCGGUCUAGACUUUAG